CGACGCCGUCUGUUUGUAUCCCUGUUUUAAUGUUUUCAGUCCUUAUUCUAAUCCGAAGCAGAUCCAUCGGGCAGAUUAAUUGGCCCGGUGAAAGCAGGUCAGGAGAAGAAGAAGAACCCUCAAUCCUCUAGGGUUUAGCAGGCAAAGUCUUUCCAGGAUUGAAACUCAUAGAAAGUAGAUAAUUUACUCUUCAAAUACCCAGUAGAAUAGAAAGAUGCAAGUUGCUCCUACUGAGAGUGAAAAUGCUUUGUCCAUAGUUGGUCCAAGGCCAAUGGAGUGGUCAACUGUGCCAUACAGUGCUCCCCAAGCACCAGGGCAAAGUGGAAAACAAAGGACUUCAAGUUUGGAAUCACCAAUAAUGUUGCUGGUGGGUCACCAGAGUGCUGUAUACACAAUGAAGUUUAAUCCGGCUGGAACAGUCAUUGCAUCUGGGUCUCAUGACAAGGAAAUUUUCUUAUGGAAUGUGCACGGUGAUUGCAAGAACUUUAUGGUUUUAAAGGGGCACAAAAAUGCAAUUCUUGAUCUUCACUGGACUACUGAUGGAUCCCAGAUAAUAUCGGCCAGUCCAGACAAAACUCUGAGGGCAUGGGAUGUUGAAACAGGGAAACAGAUAAAAAAGAUGGCAGAACACUCCUCCUUUGUGAAUUCAUGCUGCCCAUCACGGAGAGGACCGCCUCUUAUAGUCAGUGGUUCUGAUGAUGGAACUGCCAAAUUAUGGGAUAUGCGUCAAAGAGGUGCAAUACAAACAUUUCCAGAUAAAUACCAAAUUACAGCUGUGAGCUUCUCCGAUGCAUCAGAUAAGAUCUUCACUGGUGGUAUUGACAAUGAUGUCAAGGUUUGGGACUUGCGCAAGGGUGAAGUAACGAUGACUCUUCAAGGUCAUCAAGAUAUGAUAACGGGUAUGUCAUUGAGUCCUGAUGGUUCUUAUCUUCUGACUAAUGGAAUGGACUGCAAGCUGUGCAUUUGGGAUAUGCGCCCGUAUGCACCUCAAAAUCGGUGUGUGAAGAUAUUUGAAGGGCAUCAACACAACUUUGAAAAGAACUUGUUGAAAUGUAGCUGGUCAUCUGAUGGAAGCAAGGUUACAGCUGGUAGUUCUGACCGGAUGGUUUAUAUAUGGGAUACUACUACUCGACGUAUAUUGUAUAAGCUCCCUGGACACACUGGGUCUGUUAAUGAGUGUGUCUUCCAUCCCAGCGAGCCAAUUAUCGGAUCUUGCAGCAGUGAUAAACAGAUUUAUCUGGGGGAGAUCUGAACUGUUCUAAACUAGAAGUGAAGCUGCCUCUAUUAUGUUAGCUACCUUAACAAUAGCUGAGUUUUGAAAGCCUUGUAUCACAAUUGUAGUUUCAGAAUUCAAAUUGUGACAUAUCUCGUGAGUGUACAAACAUUUUCAUUACUUGUUCUACCAUUUUGGAGUAUGUUGCUAUA